UUCAAAUGUUCUACGAAAAAAAAAAUACAAUUCUUUAAAAAUUAACAAUGUAAUGUAAUAAAAAGAAAAGCUGUGGAAACUUUAUGAUUAAAAUAACCCUCAUCUUCGUGUGUUUACAGCUAACAAUGAAACAGGUUUUUGGUCAUCCUGCGCAUGCGCUUGUUUGAUAGUAUCGUUUUACCUCUAAGUUUUCUUCCAUUAUUAGUCUGUUCGUUUACUGUACGGGAGUUGCGUGAAAUGUAGAAGUUUUCUGUUGUUGUUAACCGAUUUCUUUCGUGCUUCACAAUCAUGAAACUGUUCAAAUACAAACGCCGCUUUCGCGAAUCAGUUUCUCCGCUGUUCUAUGACAAACCUAUUUAAAUAUCAAACGAUAAAAAUUUUGGUAUUUUUAUCGUCUGGCUAGGAAUUAUUUAGUCUUCGGAACCAAAUUUCUUCAAGUUUAAUGAGAAAAGUGUUAUCGAAUGUUUUAAGUUAUUGAGUUUGAAAGCUUAUUGAAUUUUUCAAUUUAUUCAGUAAAUUAGAACAGUGUUUAUUGAGUAAAGUGAAAUUGAAUUCUAUAUUUUAUUGAGUAAAGUGAAACCGAUUUCUGUAGUAUUGAAACAACCAAUAUAGUGUGAGAGAUUUUAUCGUCCUCUAACGUUUAAAAGAACAGUUAGAUUUGGUGAUGUUAUAUAGAGUGAAUCAGCACACUUUAAAAAUAAAUUUUUAUAUCAAGCUUUGGAUUAUUUUUAUGGCUUCUUUUUUUAAUGUGUUGUAAAACCUCAGCAAACGAACUACUUCAUCGCUAUGCCCCCUUGUCAGAAAACGAUUCCGAAUAAAGUGGAGUCGAGCAAGGUGCUGCUGAGCAGGGGACUCGCCCUUGUUCUAAAAAGAGUUCCGCCAAGUUCUAAGAAAUUGAAUCGUAAGCAGCGGAACAGAAAGAAAGAGCAACCGUGUAAAGAGUGUGAAGAAAUCGCCGAGUGUGAUUUUGGUCCUGAAGUGUUUUUAGAUUGGAUUCGAGAGAACGAAGAAUGUUAUUGGAACCCAUGCUUAGUUCAGAGCGUUAAAAGUUUGGAAUACAAAGGUUUUGUUCGACCGGCUACUUUGCUGGUGGGAGGAACGGAUUACUCAUUGGAGGUUGUUCGAUCCGCCUGGAGCAGACGGAUGCUUCGGCCACCCCAUGGAUACGACAUACUCAUGUUAGGUGACCUGGACGUGGUGAGCAUGAGCUUAGUGUCUCAGACACAGUUUGCCCCCCUGCCCGAGGCCCUAUGCAAGGCUGUAUAUGAUCUGACAUCUGAAGGAUUUGUCGCCUCCAUACCAGUCAUCUCCAAAAAACUGAAGAGUGCAUUUCCCGAACUCAUCUUACCCAGUGAGAAUAUCCUCUGCAAAACAUUAGGUACUUUAAUUAAGGAACGUAAAUUAUUCCACACGGGCAGCGGUUAUGCUGUAGUUACUCCUGAUACCUUCAGACUCCUGGCCAUGUCCCCUCCUUUGGAGAGACAAAUGUUGUUGACCAACGAAGAAGCCAUUGUCCGGUUACAUGGCACUGCAUAUACUGUAGAUGAUGGCCGGACAACCUGCACCCAGACACAGCAACAAGAGAUUCUCACUGCCUGGUCAUCGGCCGAGAGGAUUCUCGAACCCAGAAAACAUGGAAAACUGAAAAGGUGUCACUCUCUGAAAUUGCUGAGAGGUGAGAGACUUUCUCGGAGUAACUCUUUCAAGUCCAACACACACCAAGACUUCAGGAACAGCAACGAAGCCAUCAAAAAAGAAAAGUCACCGUCCAUGUUCAGUAAAUGGUUCCGGAGGGGUCGAAUAGAAAAGAAUCGAAUGAAAUGUUCUUCCACCCAAUUCCCUCCCAGGGACACGUCAGAUCCCGAUUACGUUAUUUACAAUUCCAGAUCCACUCAGACUCUGGACAAGAUCAAAGUUCGAUCGAGUAGUCUGAAUCGUUCAUCGGGCAGAGAUCGUCAUUCUCAGCAUAUGUCCUCGAUCCCAGCCACUCCUCGUAUCUGUCAUCGAAAUCGGCAGCAUAUGGACGAUCAUCGAUCUUCGAGUCUCAGCAGGAAGACGUCACCUAAAAGGGAAACGCCACCUUCGCCUAAAACCCAAGAAUUCAAGACACACGAAUCUAGAAACAGGCAAGAAACAUCUUUCUAUCACUUGGUUAAAAACAAAGAACAGGAAUCUCAGCUUAUGGCAAAUGAGAAGUACGGCAAUUCUCACAGUGGAAUGCUGAACACCUGGAACAAAGUGACACCAUACCAGACUACAGACAUUCUUAAAUCUCAAAAUGUGUUUGAAAAACUUCCGUCAUUCACACCGCCUUUGCUGAAAAAACCCGAAUGGAAAAGGCCCACGUCUUGGGUUUCCACCACUCCUAGCGAUCCUGCGAAGUCACCCGCGAGGCUCACCCCUCAGUUCACGUCGACACCGAAUCCUCAAUUGAUUGAGACCACCAAAUCACCUCCUGGCAUUGCACCCAAGAAUCGAACCCAGACUAUUGUAGACAGUUUAAAAACGUCGGAAACGAUCACAGAGACCGUUCCGCAAAACGGAAAAGAAUUCAGUCUCGGCACGACCGUAGACGUCGAAAUAAGCGUCAGCAACAACAAAAUCCCGAACGCGACGCUUCUGACGACCGAUCUCGACGACAGAUCGGUCAAAAACGACCUCUUGAAGAUCGCCACCACGUGGAAUCAGUCCAUAAAGAGUAGUAAGGGAGUGAAGGCGUCCGACUUCAGUACCAAACCCGGUGUUAACAUUCCAAAAGUGACCACCACCACGAACAUUACAACCAGUGUCAGUCGGGAGCACAAUAAGGGCGACGUAAACGUCGACAAGACUGAGAACAAUGAAAACAUGAAAGUUGGACCCGUGGGUUUGAAAAGAUCGACGUUGAUGGACUUCAGCAUGGGGAGGGAUUCGCCCAGUUCCGACACGGUUCGAAGCGUGUCUCCACGGUCGACCGAGACCAAAUCGGAAUUUUUUGGAGUCUCUCCGAACACGACAGUCGACAUUCACAUGGGAAAGGAAGACAGCGGGUUUUCUUCCUCGACCUCUACUUCCAGACCCAUGAGCGUCAGCCCUUGUUGAUUUUUUUUCAUUAUUUCUAGACAUCAUUUGAAUUAUAUAAAAAAUCUCUAGGAUGACAUGCUUCUACAUACUCACCAACAUAGACAGGGAGAAAUCCAGUAGAUUUUACACGAUAAUAUAAAUUUCAUGAUUGCACAAUGUACACUGGAGAAACCAGUAGAAUUGCUUCUAGUACUAUUCCUUUAUACAUAAGUCACUAUAAAUAUACUAAUUGUAAUGAUGCAAA